UACACAGUGCACCCGACGGCCGGAUAAUCGGAUAGGCGAUCGUUUUGUUUUGGUGACGCUCUGGAAUACGAUUAGCUGUUAACAGCUCCCGUGCUCUAUACAUCCGUCAGUCGGAAAGUGGGAUAGUUUUGUUUUGGUGACGCUUUCGAAUAUAUACCUGUUUAUACAGCUACCGUGGUCUAUAAAUCCGAUGGUCGGAUAGUUGGAUGGUUUUGUUUUGGUGGCGAGUUGGAGUAUAAUAAGCUGUUCCCGUGACCUAUAACAUUUUGUAGUCGGAUAGUUUUGUUUUGGUAACGGGUUGGUAGCUGUUUACACCCUGUGUUUAGUAAAUUCAAUUGUCGGAUAGUCGUAUAAUUUGUUUUGGAGACGCUGUGUAUCGGUAAAGUGUAAACCUACCUGACGAUGCGGCAACGUGUGUGGAGAUUUUUCAAGAGUAUCGGUAACCUGGUCAGCAAGACUCGGCGGCUCCGAUCAAUGAAAGAUUACAAGCCCUUGGGCUCGGCGGAUUCUAACUACUCGCAGCCAUCCUCGGAACUGUCGCUGGACGAAGAUAAAGAGGCUCUGCGCCGCGAGAAGGAAGCGCAGGCUCUCUUACAGCUGGACAAGGCCCGAUCGAAGCCGGUGGCAUUUGCAGUGCGCACCAACGUCGCGUACGAUGGCACUGUGGACGACGACUCGCCCGUGCAUGGGAGCGCAAUCUCGUUCAGCGAGCGCGACUUCCUGCACAUCAAGGAGAAGUACGACAACAACUGGUGGAUCGGGCGCCUGGUAAAGGAGGGCGAGGACGUCGGCUUCAUCCCGUCGCCAGUGAAGCUGGAAGCGGUGCGCACGGGCUUGCAGGCGCGCGGCCGCUACCCGCGCCCGCAGUCCGCCGGCCAGCCGCUCCCCAGCCGAGGUAGCACCCCUCCCACGCCCGGUGAAGACUCAGAUUCAGCCGGCCGUGGUCGCGGCGCAGGAGCUUUACCCGCCAGUAAGGAAAAAAGAAAACCUUUCUUCAAAAAGCAGGAGGCGUGUACACCAUACGACGUGGUGCCUUCGAUGCGGCCUGUUGUACUAGUGGGGCCUUCGCUCAAGGGUUACGAGGUCACAGAUAUGAUGCAGAAGGCAUUGUUUGACUUUCUCAAGAGGCGGUUCGAAGGCAGGAUAAUAAUAACCCGUGUGACGGCGGACAUAUCGCUAGCGAAGCGGUCGCUACUGAACAACCCCGCGAAGCGAGCGAUAGUGGAGCGUGCGAACUCGCGAUCCACUUGCCUCGCCGACGUUCAGACUGAAAUCGAGCGAAUAUUCGACUUGGCGCGGACGCUACAGCUCGUGGUCUUGGAUUGUGACACCAUAAACCACCCGUCGCAACUGGCCAAGACCUCAUUAGCACCCACGAUUGUCUACUUAAAGAUAUCAAGUCCAAAGGUGCUGCAGCGGUUAAUAAAAUCCCGGGGUAAGGGGCAGAGCAAGAACCUGUCGGUGCAGAUGGUGGCGGCGGAGAAACUGGCGCAGUGUCCCAACGAUAUGUUCGAUAUCGUGCUGGAUGAGAACCAGCUGGAGGAGGCGUGUAGUCGCAUUGCGGAACAUUUAGAAAAAUACUGGGCGGCGACGCACCCCCCACCGGUGGCGCAGAGCGCGCGCGCUCCGCACGCGCCCCUUCCGCAUCCGCACGCACACCCCACCCCCCACCCGCAUUCUCAGCAGGCGCAACCUGAACCCCCAUCGCAUUCUGGAGGGCACCGGGAGAGGUCCGAGUCUUACAUCUAUGAGAAAGGCAGAGGUAGAGCGCGUCUCCACCGGCCGGAGAGACUGGAGGAGGAAUACUACCCGAGAGACCAAUACCAGCGGUACCCACGCGACUACCCACGAGAAUACCACGAGGGGUACUCCCACGAUUACCCUCACGGAGACCCAUACGAGAGAGAGAGAGAAGCUUAUGGGCAUGACUACACGCGGGACUACCCGCGGGAUUAUCCCCGGGAGCCGUACCCACCGAGGGAGGAACGUGGAGCAAGGCCGCGGGAUCGUGAAACAUCGGAAGAGUACGGCGCAUCACGUCGCGCGCUAAACGCUGUGUAAUAGUACUACUAGACGAUCAAACCAUUUAGCAGUUAAUUUAGUUGACUCUGUUUCGGGCAAAUCAAUUAUUUAUAAUUAUAAUUAUUUUCGUGUUAACUCCAAUCUUGGCCAUUGAGUUGAUGGAGCUCGUUUUACGUAAACUUGGACGGAAUACAAAUAAAAAAUAUAUUUUUAACACAAUAUUAUUAUACUAUAUUGAUUUUAAUUUCUUUAAGUAACCUUAAUAAGUAAAUAUCUUAAGACUUUUUUCGGGUUUGUCCGAAAUAGCGUCAUUACCAUGUUAUGGUGAAAAUGAUCGUCUUUUUGGUCUCCGACAGCCAAAUUGGAUCGUCUAUUAGUACUAAAACAUUCUCUUCAGUUCCGCAUUGUAUCUCUCCCUGGGUUUUUACAUUUUUCCGUUUCUGUGCAUUGACGCUUCUAUUUUAUCGCCAGUGAAACUAGUGAGAGGAUUAGGCUGCGUUACCGUAGAAUCCCCUUGUAGCUGUAUUACCAAAGUUAUGAUUAGUUUUAAAGUCAUGGCAAUUAUAAUACUGGAUCUCAAAAUUCUUAUAAAUACUUCUGACUAUUUCUGCGAGGUUGUUGUGAUAAGAACUUUGGCCUUAUUUAUUGUGCCCAUCACUCUUGCAAUCAUUAUUCUUUCACACAAGCUCAAGUCUCUAUGAAAACACCUUAAAC